GGGAACAUUGAACGGUACUGUCUUGACCACGGACGAUGCACCUGAGAGGCUGCUCUGUCCAUUCGCAGGCUUGCGGCUGUUCUGUAUCGCCUCCACGGGCUACAGAAUUAGGUUGGCACCUUGCAGAGCUUGACAAAUGGACGUCACCGCCCUUGAGGUGUACAUAUAGCAGCACGCGUGAUCUCGAGGACCAGAGGUAAGUCCUAAGUAUAACGUUUCUCCUUCGCUACACUAUCCUCCCGUUGUAAAACGUGUUCGCCCACAUACUUCAACAUACAUUUACCUGUACAAGCCCGCAAUGCCUCCGAACAUCCCCUGGCGUGUGAAUGUGCAGAACCAUCCCGGCUCUUCCGCCCAAGACAUCAAGGAUGAGCCAGACUGGCAGAACACUUCGGAACACCGCAUCGGCUUCCGGAACCGCCAAAGCCGCAGACCAGGCCUGACACAUGACGAGGACGAAGGCGAGGUUCCAGAUUUGACUAGCUUGUCCGGCACCGACGUUCACGAAACGGAAGCCGAGUUUGAUGAAGAAGCUCGGAGGGACUUAGAGAAGCUCAAGAGCCGAGCGAAGUCUGGAGAGCUGAUCAAUUUCCGAGAUAUUAUCAACAAUGAGAAAGACUUCCAUUUACGGUACCCUCAAAACAGAAGUCUAGGUUGGCGCUUUGUGCUCGAGACCUCGGAAGAUUGGGUGAAGAAUACGGAGGAAUGGCCUGCGAACAUCAAGAAGCGCCAAAAGGCAGAGCAAGCGAAGAAAGCAGAAGACAGCCACACAGCAGAUGGUGUGGAGAUCGCCGACAAGAAUCAAGGUAAAACAGUUCAAGGGGAGAAGGAGGCAGAGCAUACCCACGAAGAGCACGACUGGAAGCGCAGCCAGGGCGAAAACAAGCACCAUGAUGCCUACGCCGCAGACGACGAACAAAGCGAUGGCGAUGCGAAGACGAAAAGCGAGUAUGACCAGCUGCUCGAGCGCUAUACACCUCAAGAGAUUGCUCUGCUACGCGUAUUACAGCACGAGAAGGAGUACAGAAACUCGCUUCAGCUCAACGACGGCAAGCGUCAAAGCCCACAGACUUACAACCGAACGACGAUAUCGAUCGACGAACAGGACCAAUUCUCACCAGACAACUGGCUCCCGCGUUCCGAGCACCUAAUUCGACUUACUGGUAAGCACCCCCUCAAUGCUGAAGCGGAGCUUAGCAUGCUGUACAGUGCCGGACUUAUCACGCCGAAUGAGCUGCACUACGUUCGAAACCAUGGCGCUGUACCGAGGAUUCUGUGGGAGAUGCACGAACUUGAUGUUGAGAAUGGGAGGUUGGUGCUCAGCAUGGACGAUCUAAAGGAUAAGUUCGAAGCUAUCAACAUCCCCGUAACCCUGGCAUGUGACGGUAAUAGACGAAAGGAGCUCAACAUGAUCCGCAAGUCUAAAGGGUUCAAUUGGGGUGCCGGAGCGACGGGGUGUGUAUACUGGAAGGGUCCGCUACUCCGUGAUGUCUUGCUUGCCGCUGGCGUGCAGGAGCCGAACUACAGUGGAGACAGUAAACAGCGAUGGGUGAAUUUCCAAGGCGCCGAUGACCCAAGCGAAGGCAAGUACGAAACUUGCAUACCGCUGGCUUACGCGAUGGACCCAACGAAUGAUGUCGUGUUGGCGCAAUACAUGAAUGAUUUACCUCUACCUCCAGACCAUGGCUAUCCCGUUCGAGUCAUAAUUCCGGGUUACGUAGGCGGACGAUGCGUGAAAUGGUUGAAAAAGGUGUGGGUGAGCGACGAAGAGAACAGCAGUCACUACCAUAUCUGGGACAACAGAGUCUUGCCGAGCUUCAUCACGGAGAAGGAUGGCGAGUUCGCCACGACAAUGUUCAAUCAUCCCAAUACGGCAUGUAAUGAGCAGAACCUGAAUUCAGUGAUUGUCAAGCCAGCACAAGGAGAGGCUAUCCCUCUGACGCACGCGAAGAAAGGUGCGACGUACAAGAUAGAAGGCUACGCCUACGACGGUGGCGGUCAUGAAGUGCAGAGGGUGGAGGUCAGCCUCGACAACGGUCAGACUUGGCUGUACUGCAUCCGCCAGUUCCCAGAGUACCCUAUCAGACACGGGAACAAGUUCUGGACGUGGCUGCACUGGCAUGUGGAGGUCAGUAUGGUGCACUUACUGCAAGCCAGGAGUAUCUCCGUGCGAGCAUGGAAUGUGUUCAAGAACACGCAGCCUCGAGAGCCAGCAUGGAACACGAUGGGCAUGAUGAAUAACUGUUGGUACGUCGUCAAGCCGACGAUCACGCAAGGCGACGGCGGGGACGGAGAGGCUCAGAUACGCUUCCGCCAUCCAUGUGAGCCAGGAACGGGAGACGGAGGAUGGAUGCAGCCGAGUGUUGAGAACCAGAUUCAGAGCGCCAAACAGGACGCUGGAUCACCUAGCAAGCAAUUCACGCGCCAAGAGAUCGAAAAGCACGAUCGUGAGGAUGAUUGCUGGAUCGUUGUAGACGGUAAAGUGUACGACGCCACGUCUGUACUGGCAUGGCAUCCUGGUGGAAAGGCAGCAAUCGUCGGACAUGCCGGUAAAGUGCAUCAAGAGACCAGCGACGAGUUUGCCAGCAUCCAUGACGGCUUCGCUUAUCAGAAAUUGAAGGAGUGCAUCCUCGGCGUGGUGACGGAGAAGGCGGCGAACUUCAUCAAAGCUAACGCCGAGGCGGCGGCGAAGGAGAAGGCGCAGUCUUCGCAAAAGAGCGGCGACGUGGUGCUGCAGAAGCAUCGAUGGGUCCCUGUCAAGCUGGUUGACCGUAAGGAAAUCAGCAAGGAUACGAGACGUUACACUUUUGGUCUGCCGGACGGCAUGAAAGAUCUGGGAUUGGGGACUUGUCAGCAUAUCCAGCUCGGAUUCCAUAUGAAGGACAAGAUGUUGAUUCGGUCGUACACGCCUACGAAGCCGCUGCUGCCAAAGAAGAGUAGUGGCGUCACGGAUGGGACGCAAGCGAAUGGUGUGUCCAGCGGAGAGAUCGAGGGUAUGCGUGACGGACACGGUACAUUCGAGCUCGUCGUGAAGACGUACUUUCCGACCGACGAACAGCCCGGCGGCGCUAUGUCCAACGUCCUCGACUGCGUGCCCCUCGGCGAGGAAGUGGAGAUUCGUGGCCCAACGGGCGAGAUUGUGUACAAUGGCAACGGCAAAUUUGUUAUUCAGGACAAGGAGAUGACGUUCACAAAAAUGAACCUUGUGCUUGGUGGUAGCGGACUAACACCAGGCUAUGCUCUCAUUGCUCGCGCACUGUUGGGCGCUGGCGAAGAUGUUGAAGUCCGCGUGGUCGAUGCGAACAAGUCUGAGAACGAUAUUCUGCUUCGCAGCGAACUGGAUCACUUCGUUGAAGAGAGCCAAGGGCGACUGAAAGUGACCCACGUUCUGAGCCAUCCAAGUGAGAGCUGGGAAGGGCUCAAGGGACACGUCAAUGCUGAGAUCAUCAAGAAAAGCCUGUUUCCGCCAGGAGAGGGGACUGCUUGUUUCUUGUGUGGUCCACCAGCUAUGAUACAAAAGGCCGCUCUGCCCGCGCUGAGAAAUUGGGGAUUUGAAGAGGACAAGAACGUGUUCGGAUUCUAG